AAGGAGGGAGAUAAGACCAGAGGAGGAGGAAGAGAACAAGAAAAGUGUGAGAGUAGAGAAAUAUGGGGAAAGACGGAGGAGACAAGAAACGUGGAGAUGGAGAAACAAUGGCGGUGAUGAGCUUGAUGAAGGAUCAACAGAAUCCAAUUCAGCAAUUUCAGGUUAAAUUCAAAGAGGUGGAGACUGGUUUCAAGUCGUGGCUGUCGAAACAGAAGUUGCCGGUGGAAGCCGCCGUCGUCACCGCCAUGGGCGGUGUUCAGGGAGCAUUUAUCGGCGGUCUCAUGGGAACUCUCUCCCCUGAAAUGCCUCAAUCCGGCAUGGACCCUCAAGCCAUGGCGUCAUUGAAGCAAACUCAGGCUCUUGUGGGUGGGCCAUUGGUCCAAGCUCGGAACUUUGCUGCUAUAACUGGUGUUAAUGCUGGUAUUGCUUGCAUAAUGAAACGGAUUAGAGGCAAAGAGGAUCUAGAGUCUGCUGUGGUUGCGGCAUUAGGAUCUGGAGUCGCAUAUUCUCUGGUGAGCGCAGGAUUACAAGGACAGCCUAUGAAUGCAAUCACCACUGCCGGCGGUUUUGCUCUCUUUCAAGGCAUAUUUUUCAAGUUGGGGGAGAGGUUCUCUAAACCAAGCAUUGAAGAUCCAUAUUAUACCCGGGCGAGAUCUAUGCUGUUGAAACUGGGUCUAGAGAAGUAUGAGAAGAACUUCAAGAAGGGUUUGUUAGCGGAUCCCACUUUGCCAUUGCUCACUGAUAGUGCGCUUAGAGACGUGAGCAUCCCGCCUGGACCAAGGCUACUGAUACUAGACCACAUCCAGAGGGAUCCUGAGCUGAAGGGCAAAAGGGGAAGUCGUGGUUGAGACGUAAGAGCCUCUUUGUGUCUUCGGCAGAGUCUUUGUAUGGUGGUUAUAAGGAUCUUAAGCACGAUAUGUGUUAUUAUUAUUAAUAUUAUCCUCUGAUGUUGCUAGCAAGAAACUUUAAAUUAUUCCUUCUUCCUACGGGCUACGUUUGCGUAUAUUGCAAAUUCAUCAUGUUAGAUUUUUCAUUUAAUGGAAACCACUCGAUAAUCUUUACAAACUGGUCAAAUAAA